AUGGAAAACAGGAAGCGCAAGCAAAGCGCCAACGGAAGGAAGCCGCUACCACCGAGGAUCGAAAAGGGGAAGCGCAAGCAAAGCGCCAGCGAAGGGAAGCCUGUACUACCGAAGAUCGAGAACGCGAAUUGCAGGCCAAGUGCCAGCGUAGGUAGCAGCUACGGCCGCGAAUCGAGGACGUGGCAAGCCGCUACCGCCGAGGAUCAAGAACGUGAAUUGCAAGCAACGUGCCAGCGCAGGGUAGCAGCUACGGCCGAGAAUCGAGGACAGGAAGCGCAAGCAAAGCGCCAGCGGAGGGAAGCCGCGUCUGCCAAAAAUCGAGAACGGGAAACACCAGCAAAGCGGAGAGGCAGGGAAACCGCUACCGCCGAGGAUCGAAAACAGGAACCGCAACCAAAGCGCCAGCGGAGGGAAGACGCUACCACCGAGGAUCGAGAAUGGGAAGCACAAGCAAAGCGCCAGCGGGGGGAAGCCGGUAUCACCGAGGAUCGAGAACGCGAAGUGCAAGGAAAACUCCAGCGGAGGAUCGAGAAGGGGAAGUGCAAACAAAGCGCCAGAGGAGAGAAACCGCUGCUGCCGAGGAACGGGAACGACAAGCGCACAAAGCGCCAGCGGAGGGAAGCCGCUACCACUGAGGAUCGAGAAUCGGAAUUGCAAGCCAAGCGCCAGCGGAUAGAAGCCGCUACUGCCGAGGGACGAAAACGCGAAGGGUAAGCAAAGCGCCAACGGAGGGAAGCCGCUACCGCCGAUCAUCGGGAAGGGGAUGCUUGA